ACAUCUGUCGACCAUAAAAUCUUACAUAGUGUAAACAAGAAAGGUGAAUUUGUUCUAAAGUUCUGUUUCUGGGAAUAUGACAAGAACCAUAAAACAUUAAGCAGAGCAGUCUUAAAAUUUGUCAAUGACAGACUUGUUGACAGAGAUGACGCCGAUUGGAAAGAUGAAGUCCAACAAAAGUUCUUAGAAUGCAAAGAAGACACAUGCGCUGUUCUUGAAGAUGAAAUAGAAAACAGAAUAGAUGAGCUAUUAAAGGACAAAGAACUUUUACAUAAAUAUGGUUCGGAGAAAUUUGACAUAACUCCACCAGAAAAGAAGAAGAGAGAAAAGAAAGAAAAGAAAGUAGAAGAAGAGAAGAAAGAACCAGAGCCAGUUCCAGAGAAAAAGAAAUUUGACAUGUAA